AUGCGGAAAGCUCACAGAUCAAUUAGUAUGCUGCCAUCCAUUUGGAUACUCAUCGUGUUAAAUCUAUUGGUCAAUGCGCAAACGACCUGCAACGGUGGUCUGGGUAGAGUGGUUUACGAGAGACUUCCGGACCAGCAGCUUCAGGGUUUUGACGACGAUGUGGUGCGAGACUCGGCACCUCCGUUUAGAGUCUUGGAGAAGUGUCAAGAGCUCUGUCUGCGCGACAGAACGGCGACGAACAAUCUAGUCCGCGCAUGUACGAGCUUCGACUUCCAGCCCGGCAGCAGAAUCGCGUCCUUCAGCGGCGCCGCCGAGUACGAGGAGAGUACUUGCUAUUUAACGAGGGAACAGGCGCAGCCGGAGGGCAUCGGAAAUCUCAUGCUCGUACCAAAUAGCGUGCACUUCACCGAAGUGUGCCUAACAUCUGACAGAAUAGAGAGGGAAUGCCCAAAUCGUCGUUACGUGUUCGAAAGGCAUCCGAGAAAGAAGCUGAAGCUACCGUUGACAGAUAUCAAAGAGGUCAGCGCCGCUAACAGAACCGACUGCGAGGACAGGUGCCUCAACGAGUUUAGUUUCGUCUGCCGAUCGGCAACGUAUGACACUGCCCUAAGAAGCUGUUCUCUCAGUCGCUUCACUAGGAGAACUCAUCCCGAAUUACUGGAGGACGAUCCAAAUUCUGAUUAUCUGGAAAAUACUUGCCUUAACACCGAAAGACGAUGCGACGGACUCACAGUAUUCGUCAAAGAAGAAAACAAACGUUUACGCGGCCCGUUCGAAGUGGAUAUAUACACGAAUCUUACUUUGGAAGAAUGUCAGGCGCUAUGUCCUAGAGCGGAGAAAUAUUUCUGUCGCAGCGUCGAAUUUGACGAGCAAACGCGACAAUGCGUCAUAUCCGAAGAGGAUUCCGUUUCGCAAAAGGACGACAUUGGAGUUAGCAGCAGCCCGAGUCAUCACUUUUACGAUUUGGUGUGCUUAGAUAAUCCGCGCGGCUCCGAAUACCCGGACAGCAGCUCGUCUUCGCACCUCUACUCCGACGGUCGUCGUCCGGACACGGCUUUCCAGCGUUACCGGAACUCGCGUCUGAGCGGCGAGUUUCAUUCGGAAAUCACCGGACGUAGCCUCAGCGAGUGUCUGGACGAGUGCCUCCGGCAGACGAGCUUUCAAUGCCGUAGCGCCGUUUACUCCGAGCAUUAUCACACCUGCCGAUUAAGCCGAUUCAAUCAAAGGGACGGUAACCGGAUUAUCUACGAUGCCGAUUAUGACUAUUACGAGAAUCUCAUGCAUCAAUAUCUAGACAGCGAUCGCGAUGGCCCCGGAUACAGACCGGAUCCCUUGGGACAGGACACAAACUUUGGACGACCCUCUUUAGGAAGACCCGGAUAUCCGGACGAUUACGACAAAGGAUAUACUAGCAAUCGCUACCCCGAUCGUUAUCCAGACCGUUAUCCAGCAGAUCGAUAUCCUGAUCGCCGUCCUUUAGACGAUAGAUAUCCGGAUAACAAAUAUCCUGAACCUGACAAUUAUCCUGAUCGCUAUCCUCUUGGUGACCGAUAUCCCGACCGUUAUCCCGCAGGAGAUCGUUAUCCCGCAGGAGAUCGUUAUCCUACAGGAGAUCGUUAUCCUACAGGAGAUCGUUAUCCUACAGGAGAUCGUUAUCCUACAGGAGAUCGUUAUCCUACAGGAGAUCGUUAUCCCGCGGGAGACCGCUAUCCUAUCUCUGAUCGUUAUCCAGUUAGCGAUCGAUAUCCGGAUAGAUAUCCCAUGUCCGAUCGAUAUCCUAUUAGAGGAGGAGGUCGUCCUAAUGGCGUCAAUAGAUAUCCCGACGCCGGAACUCUGGGGAGAUAUCCUCCAAGUGACCGAUAUCCCGUGGGUGAUCGGUAUCCCGCGAAUGAUCGAUAUCCCACGAGUGACCGAUAUCCCAUAAACCGGUAUCCUUAUCCGGACGACCUUCUAGACCGAUAUCCUAUGGGAUUAGGUGGUGACAGAUCUCCUAUUGAUCGAUAUCCAGCUAGUGGAAGAUAUCCAGACAAAGAUGCUUAUCCUAACCGGUAUCCGCCGCCAGGAAUGUACUCGCACGGAUUCGUCGACGAUGUUCGCGGUCCUCAGAGUAGUCCCGACCCGAGACCUCAUUAUGCCGGUGGGCCGUACGGUCCAACACGACCAGUCGGAGGAGGCGGAGGAGGCGGAGGAGGCGGAGGAGGCGGAGGAGUCGGAGGAUACGGAGGAUACGACGAUGGCGGUAUUGUCGGUGGCGGGUACAUAGGUGAAGGUGGGGUCUACAACUCUCGUCCAUUUGGAACUGCUGGUGGGCCCAUUAUAGGCAGGCCCCCGUUAGUAUCCAGAUGCGAUGAGCAAGACAAUUUCAGACAAGUUGGAUCUCGUACCAGAGUGCGGAAGCCAUUCGUUAGACGAUACACCACCGCCACGUCGUUGGCUCAGUGCGAGAGGGAAUGUGCCGAUGCUAGAGACUUCGUUUGCAGGUCCUUCAAUUACCGGCCGUACGCUGCGCCUUACGGGGCCGAGAGGGACAACUGCGAGCUCAGCGACCGGGACUCCAGGGACAUGGACAUGGGCAAUCCGGUUUAUUACGACACGGGUUCGGAUUACGACUUUUACGAGAGGAACAACGGUCGCCAGGGCGCAGACGGGGAAUGUCUGGACGUGAGCCAAGUCUGCAGCGAGGACGGGAUGGAGUUUACUCUGAGGACGCCGGAGGGAUUCAUUGGGCGAAUUUACACGUACGGUUACUAUGACCGAUGCUUCUUCCGCGGAAAUGGCAGGACCAUCAACAAACUCCGUAUCAGCGGACCUCAGGGAUACCCCGAGUGUGGUACACAGCGUUACGGCGAUACGAUGACGAACAUCGUGGUGGUACAAUUUUCGGACUACGUGCAAACCGGGCGGGACAAACGAUUCAACCUCACAUGCAUGUUUCGGGGACCUGACGAAGCUGUCGUCACAUCCGGCUACAUCGGUGCCGGGUAUGCCAGAUCGGGGUCUCCCAUUCCUAUCGAAUAUCUCCCAGCGGAAAAUACCUUGAGCUCCAGAGUACGCUUGCUGAUUCUCUAUCAAGGUAGACCUACGACGACCAUCGCCGUUGGCGACCCUCUCACUUUCAGACUCGAAGCUCAAGAUGGGUACAAUUACGUAACGGAUAUAUUUGCUACUAACGUUAUUGCAAGAGAUCCUUACUCUGGUAGAAGUGUUCAACUGAUAGACAGAUAUGGCUGUCCAGUGGACAACUACGUGUUCCCGGGUUUGGAUCGCCUCCGUGACGGUGACAGCCUCGAGGCCCGCUUCAACGCCUUCAAAAUACCCGAAUCAAAUUUCCUGGUGUUCGAGGCGAAUGUACGAACGUGUCGCGACGGCUGCCAGCCAGCGUAUUGCUCCGGUGGUACCGGUAGAAGUGAACCGUCCUUCGGCAGAAGGCGAAGGGACGUAAAUAACGAUACAGUGGCGGAUGAGGACGAGGUAUCGCCAAUAAUGGUAACGAAUGAUGACUCCAACAAUACGUCGACGACGAUUUUCAACGCGACCGACAUUGCGGGCGAUGAGCUAGAUAACGAAGAGGAGGAAGAGCACGUCAGAGAAAUGAUAGAGGUUCUCGACUCGAGAAUGGACAUUGAGGAAGAUAGUAUCGUUCAGAAGCAAACUAAGAUUUUGGAAAAUAUUUGUAUAACUCAGAACGAAUACUACGGUUUGGUUACCGCAGUGGGCAUCCUCGUGGUGCUCUUGGCCUCCGUUGUUCUCUUAUCUAUGCUCGUUUACAGAAAAUACGUUUAUUCCGUGAUUAUGAAAAAUCGUAGACUCGACAAAACCUGCAGUCGCAGCAACCAUUCCGAUGAGCCUUACAGCAGUCGAGUCAACAACUUUUCUUUCAUGAGGGCAGGUCUUCAGAAACCGUUCCAGGCAUCAUCGAUCUCGAGAUCAAUGAGCAAUGCUAUCAGCCAACGUCUUGCCUCAUCGUCCACCGCUUUGGAGGGUGCUGUGGGAUUAUCCACCAGUCGACGUGGCGGUUUCGAUCCAAGCGAGCCGAUCUACACCGAUCCUUCGCUUUUUGAGGUCACUCAUUGCUCGAACACCGCGAAAUCGCCUCUCAGCGACAACUUUCAUCUCAUGUAGAAGAAAUACGCAAAAAGAUCGAUCCUAAAAUUACAUAACGCGAACGAUCCACGCUUUAUUUAUUUACUUUAAUGAGAGUAUACGAAACUGACUAACGACAACUAAUCCGUGUUAAAUCAGCAUUCACGAUCUAUUCUGUCACUAGUCAAUAAUCCACUGCCAAUCUCCCAGCUAAAGACUCUUUUUUUCAUAUCAAGUAUUUGUCAAUA